AUGCUUCCACCUGGCGCCGCCACGCCGGUCGCGCCGGCAGACUCUGAAUGCGCCGCCGCGCUCGCGCAGAUUGUCGAUGUUGUGGCCGCUGCUGGUGAAGACAGCGAUGCUGACUCCGGUCUUGACGAAGAGAUGGUGCGUGUGUGGGAAGAAUUAGAGCUCACCAGUCGCUCUCCCGGUCUUGGCUCUCCAGAUUCGGGCUCGGCGCCCCCGGCGCCGCCGCCUGCGUCGCCAGCGCCGCGUGAGGUUGUUGCUUCGGCUGGUGGUUUUUCUCCAUCUACGCGCCUCCAGGAGUUGAUCUUCAUGCUCGAUGUGGAGGGGUUGUCUGUCGAGGAGGCGAUAGCUGCUGAGCCUGCGCUUGGGGCGACAUUUGAGGCCUCGCCUGAAGAUGAAUCCGGGCUUUUCGAUGAUAGUGACGACGAUGAAGGCCUGCCUCAGAAGCACCCGUCGAACAACCGCAAGAACCACUACGACCCGAAGAAGCCUUGGGAUUACAACACUGAGGUUGACAUCGUCCGUGCCUUGGAUGUCAGGGGCAAGGCUCCGCACCGUUGCUACGUGGUGGAAUGGGAAGGCAAUCCGCUACAGCUAAGCUGGGUCUGGAUGGAGCAGCUCGACAAACCGUCGACGCGCUACAUGAUGAGGAUGGUGGACGCUUGGAAGGAAUCGGGAGACAGGCGCACCUUCUGUUAUUGGUACUCGGAGCGUGAUUCCACGUCGGAGGCUGCCGGAUCUGGUCACAAUGGAGAUGUGGGAUGCACGCGACCUGAAGCCAUCCAGUACGGUGUGUCUCGCGACGACGUGACGGAGUUCUUCAAGGUUCUGCAGCGCAAGAGUGUGCCACUGAACUACGACGUCCUUCUCCGAAACGCUCUUCCAGAGUCAAGUGCCAACAUCACGACGCUCCAAGAUGUUUGCCGCAAACAAGCACCCGGUGUUUACGUCAUCAGCGCUGGCCGCAAUGAUGUCGGGCACUGA